UGUUUACGCGGGGUGUGCUUCGAACAGUUGUAUAUUACAUUUUUUUUCAAUGGAGAGUAGUAGUAGCACGAAAAAAUCUUACUACGUAAAACAAUACCUCGCUGCGGUGGUUGCAACUCUCGGUGCGUUUUCGAUCGGAACUAUUUUCGGCUGGAGCUCUCCCGCUGAGCCAAGAAUACUGGAAAAUGGCGAGACUGGGUUCACCAUCGAGAAAGAAGAUUUUGCUUGGGCAGUUUCAUUGAUGGGGCUUGGCGGAACGAUAAUCAGCUUUCCUACCGGGCUGAUAGUGAAGAGUCUGGGAGCCCGCAAAACGUUGCUCUUGUUUGUUCCUCCUACUAUCGUUGGAUGGGUGCUCAUCAUAUGGUGCUGGAAUGCGGGCACAUUACUCGUGGGCCGUCUCUUUACAGGUUUCGGUGCGGGAGCCUUCUGUAUGGUCGUUCCGAUCUAUAUUGGCGAAGUAGCAUCGAAGGAAAUCCGUGGCACAGUCGGUUCGUUUUUCCAACAGAUGAUUAAUUUGGGCAUACUUUACGCGUAUACCCUCGGAAUAGCACUGAACGUAUUUCAACUUAGCAUUCUGUGUGGCAUCGUACCGGUCGUGUAUGGCGCGUUAUUCUUCUUCAUGCCAGACACACCAACCUAUUUGGUUCUGCGCAAUAAUGAACGGGAUGCCGUUAAAUCUAUCAAAUGGCUUCGCGGAUCUCAUUUCGAUGCCACCGUGGAAGUCGAUGAAAUACGCAGUCAACAGCACCUGCGUGGUCCUGAUAAACGAUCUGUAUGGACAUCCUUUCGGCAACCUGCCACGGUGCGAGCACUCUGCACGAUGUUGGGUCUUAUGUUCUUUAUGCAGAUGACAGGUGUUAAUGCGGUACUGUUUUACUCAACAUCGAUAUUUCAGUCGGCAAACGUGACCAUCGAGGCUGAGGUAGCCACCAUCAUCAUGGGCGGUAUGCAGGUGCUCGGAACAUUGCUCUCCUCGCUGAUAGUGGACCGCGCCGGACGCAGGGUACUGCUGCUGGUGUCGGGUGGCGUCAUGAUGGUAAGCGCCUUAGUGCUUGGAGUCUACCUGCAGCUGUUGUCCGGGGAUGCUGCGGACCAGCUGGCUGCUUUGGGCUGGAUCCCGAUAGCUGCCCUCUGCCUGUAUGUGACACUAUUCUCGGUUGGCUUCGGACCGGUUACCUGGCUGAUGUUGGGAGAAAUAUUUGCCCAGGACGUGAAAGGGCCGGCCAGCGCGCUGGCAAACAUGACCAGCUUUGCAUUGUCCUUCGCGCUGUCCCGUUUGUUUCCCCUGGCACGGGACGCGAUCGGUAGCGGGCCAACGUUCAUAAUUUUUGCCGGCUUCUGCUUGCUGGCGGUGGUGUUUGUGGCCGUAGUGGUACCGGAAACGAAAGGCAAGUCGCUCAGUGAGAUACAGCGCAUGUUGGCUACCGGUGGAGGCAGAGUUGGGUGUAAGGUUAAUAAAUAGAUGUGAAAA